AUGGCAGAAAAGAUUCCGAGAUAUUGCAUGAACAAUUUCACGGAGGAUAUAAAUCCAGGAGACUCCAUGGAGAUGGAGGCUACUACGGAAAGACCAAAUAAUAACCAAGCAAAUAUGGUCUCCAACUCCAACAUAAUUUCCACUGCUCAAAAUACAUACCGGAUCUUCGCGGGUUCCUGGAAUGUUGGAGGUGUUUCACCUCCAGAGUAUUUGGACAUACAAGGUUGGCUCCGACCUAAUAAUAUUAACCCUCCAGCUAAUAUCUACGUCAUUGGGUUCCAAGAAAUUGUACCACUGAAUGUGGGAAAUGUUGUGCGAUCCGAAAACCGCAAAGUUUGUGAGAAAUGGAAUUCGUUGAUCGGAGCUGCUCUUAAUGAUAAGAAGAAUAAGAUUACAGAAGACGAAGAAGGAGGAGAAGAUGAAGAAGAUUUCCGAUGCAUCAUUAGUAAGCAAAUGGUUGGAAUAUUUAUAUCUGCUUGGGUUUCAAGUGAUCUCUGCCAAUACAUAAGACAUCUCAGUGUCUCAUGUGUUGGCUGUGGUAUCAUGGGUUGCCUAGGGAACAAGGGUUCGGUAUCAGUAAGGUUUUGGUUACAUGAAACAAGCUUUUGUUUUGUGUGUAGCCAUCUAGCUUCUGGUGGUAAGAAAGGCGAUGAGAGACGAAGAAAUGCAGACGUCGCUGAGAUUUUGUCUCGAACCACCUUUCCUGCAGAACCUUUCACUAAUUUCUCCACAAAAAUUCUUGAUCACGAUAGGGUAAUUUGGCUUGGAGACCUAAACUACAGAAUCUGCUUGCCUGAUGCCACAACGCAAUAUCUUGUGGAGAAGCAAAAGUGGAGCCUUUUGUUGGAACAUGAUCAGCUUAAGGUGGAGCUCAUGGAAGGACGUGCAUUCGAAGGUUGGCAUGAAGGAGUAAUAAACUUUGCUCCAAGCUACAAAUAUUACCCAAAUUCGGGGCUUUACUUUGGCUGUGAUCAGAAGAGAAAAUACAAAAGGCGUGCUCCGGCAUGGUGUGAUCGAAUACUAUGGUUCGGUAAGGGACUCAAGCAAAAGCAGUAUGAAAGAGUCGAAUCAAGAUUAUCAGACCAUAGACCCAUCCGAGCGAUUUUUAUGGCAGAAACUGAGGUCUUGAGAGCUCCUAAAGGAAUUCACAGCUGAGAGCUCCUAAAGGA